AGCGAUGUGACUGGCUGACGACAGGUUGACGACUGGCCUAAUUUCGCCUUCCGCUCCGCUGGCGAUACCAUACCUCCUCACAAGCUCGCAGCUUCACUGUCUGCAGUCUUGGAUCUUGACACCACCGCAGCCAGCCAGCCAGCCAUCCCCCCUCGACCGCAAUCAUGGCCGCCAACUUUAUCAACGGUCUCUUUGGAGGCUCCAAAUCGUCCUCUGCAUCCGCAGUUCCUAGCGGAGACGCCGAUUUCGCAGACUUCGCCGGUGCUCCUGAUCCGUCGCCUACGCCUAGCGCUUUCACUGCUGCCCCCGGCGGCGCGACUCUUGGCGGCGGCGCGCCCCAGGCCACGGCCGUUCCCUACACGAAGUGGUACAACGUCCACGAGCGUCACUCGCUCAGCGAGUUCAAGCUCGAGGGUGCCAUUCUCGCCAUUAGCGCUGUCAUCUUCCUUCUGCACAUCAUCGGCGCGCGUCUCAAUCGCAAGAAGGCCACGGCCUGGGCCGUUGCUCACGCGCCGACGCUCAAGUCCGAGUUCGCCUCGGUCGGCUUCUCCCCGCGUUCGACCACCGACACCGACCCCAAGGAUGCCGGCGGCGUGCUGCGCGAGAAAUCGCUCUUCGAGUUCGCCAGCUACGCCACCGGUCGCCAGAAUGUUGCGUUCGUCGACGUCAAGCUGACGCUUACCAAGCGCUUCAACCCGGCCUUGAGAAUCGUCGAGACCGUCUCCAGCUUCUUCAUGGACACCAUCGAGGCCCCCCACGACUCCGUCGAGGCUACCAUCUACCCCUUUGACGGCAAGGAAAACCUCACUGUUCCCUCCAUCCCCGGUACCCACGAGCUGCGCAGCAAGGAUAACAAGAGCACCUACGAUAACUUUGUCUGGGCCAUCGUCUCCAAGGACCGCAUGAAGCAGGUUCGCGACGACCGUUACGACGUCUCCAUCACCUUCACCAAGGACCACGCCAAGCUCCCCAACUGGGUCACUGUCAUGAGCGAGAGUGCCGAGAUCACGGAGCAGCUGUUGACGCCCGAGCUCAUCAAGGCCGUCGAGUCUGCCGGCGAUGCCUUUGACUACCUCAUUGUUACCGACCAGCCCAUUGACCGCCCCACUACCCUGGAGGAGACCACCCCUCGCAAGCGCAUCUACCUUCGCUACCGCAUCCCCUCCAGCAACAACUACGACGCCCUGCUGCCCAUCUUUGAGUACUUCGUCCGCGCGCCUGACGCUCUCGUUUCCGGCGCCCACUUCCGCCCCGAGGUCCUGCGCAAGGUGCGCAGCGUGCGCGAGGAGACCAUUGCCCAGCUCAAGAAGGCGGCCGACGCCGAGAAGGCCGAGGAGCGUGCGCUCGAGCGUGAGAAGCAGAAGAAGGCUAAGCGCGACGCCGAGUUGAGCGCUCUCGACGCUAAGGCGCAGAAGAAGUACCUCGAGAGGGAGCGCGAGCGCGACCUGAAGAAGAGCAUGAAGAAGCAGACCAUGCGCGGUUAGAGUAGUGGCGGCGGUCGUAAUUCCUGAAAAGUAAUUUCAUCUCGGUAUCAUUCUAACCGAGGCAAAAAGGGAGUGAGGGGGCAGCGUUGUGUAUGGUUCGAGGGGGUCACGCGGAGUCCGCGGUGUCAAUACUACAAUAUGCUUGCUUGGGCUGAGAUGUAUACAUGUACUAUCACGAAGGGCGGCGCGGGAAAUCAAAUAGUGUUAUCCUGUGCCAGUCAAAAAGACUUAAUAAGCCGCCAUCUCCAUGCCUGUUUCCCACCCCCAUCGUGCGUGUGCUGCAGGUUUGUUCCGACAGCCCACUUCACUCACUUGUCCGACGCCAGAAUGCCCUCGACCCGCUUCACCUUGUCUUCGGCCGUCUGCUUCUUGUCCGUCCUGCGCAGUCCAUCAUCAGCCCCGAUGCAUUCCCGCAUGCGCACUCACUGCUACUUCAGAUAGACAAACCUCGAACCGACGCGCAUCGACGACUGGAUCCUGACGACGCCGCUCUGGUGGACCAGGGAGUGCGCCUGGCCGAUGACGCGGAAGACGUCAUCCCAGCUUCCCUCUGGGUGGGUGGGAAGAGACAUUUCGUCAGCUUUGUUCACACACAAAACACACAUACGCACACACAGACACAGACACACACACACACACACACUCUCUCUCUCUCUCUCUGUGUGUAUGUAUCUCGGAAACCCCGCCCACUUCAUUCAGUAUAGGACAACAGCGAACUCACCGACGGUCGUACCGGCCGAGUGCAUCGUGUACUUGAGCCCGCUCGCCUUCAGCAGGCGCUGAACCUGGGCGACCUCGUUGGCGACGGAGACGCUGCCCGUCCCGACGGGGAUCAGGCAGAAGUCGCAGUACGCCGUCUCGGGCGUAGGGAUCUUGGAGUAGUCCUCGGUCGACAUCGUGGGCUGACUUUGGGUGGUAAGUGCUGGGUGUGGUCGGUUAGACUAGAUUAGAUUGGCAACUAGCUGUCAAGAGGAGUUGGAGACCAAAGAUGGCUGAGACUUGCUACUGUCGAAAACAAUGAGAAGAGGAAGAAAAAAAAUGAGUGAGGUAGAGAAAGCGGGAGGGAUAUCUGAGAUUGCUCGUGAUUUGUUGGAUUAGAAACUCCUCUUUCCGUGUCCCCUCCACGGCGAUGAGGUAAAGCCGCGCAGCUCACACGAAGUGUCGUUGACUCGGGAGGGCAGGAGCGGGCAAGCUUUCAUUCCCAAUCG